AAAAGAAAAGGAAAAAAGAAAAAAAUAAAAUUCAGACCCCGAAAAAAAAUCACUGACACACAAAAUAAUUAUCUCGCAAAUCAGAAGAAAAGGCGAACAUAAUAUGAGACGCGCGAGCGUAGGGAAAAUUGGCGUACUCGCGCGUGAAUGCGCGUAGAUGCCCCCACAUGGGAUUGUCUGGGCGCGUGAGAAAGUGAAAAACGAGUUCCCAAUUCCAUGAAGACGUUUUGGCAGAGCUGAUUGCACAUCGAAACCAGAGAAAAAAAGACACAUGCCCUUCUACGGUCAAGAUUCCAUCUUCGAUCGAUGCCAGCCGUUGAUAUACCUAACCCUAGUCAAACUUCAACUAUGCUUGGUUACUGGCAACAGUGGAUUUCCCCUUCUCUUUCUUUCUUUUGUCUGAUGAUGAGAUGAGAGAGUGUGUUCAGCUUUACCCCUUUAACAUGACUGAAUGGGGUGAGGGAGAUGAGAAUAGAUUUUUUUGCUGUACAACUCAGUAUUUUCCUCUAGAUGGGUGAUAUCCGUUAAUUCAUGGAUCUUGCUUUGCCUUCUCGUAUUUUACUUUUUUUGGUUCCAAUUUAUUUUGGAUCUUUCCGUUAAAAAACCCAUCUUUUGGGGAUUUUUUUUCCAAUCGGCAGUUCAAUUUGGUGUUGAAGAUCUUGGUCUAUCGAGAUUUUUUCCUUAUUUUCACCUUAUUAUUUUUUUCUUUCUUUCUUCUGUUCAACUUAGUAAUCAUCACCUUUUGAUUUUUGGAUGAUGAUGGUGAUAAGUGAGCUCAGAAUAAUCUCUCUUUCCCUUAUCUUAUAGAUUUUCAACUCUAUCCCUUCCUUUUUUUUGAGCUCCUAAAACAGUUGGGUUCUUCAAUCUCUCUCUCUCUCGGUUUUCAAUUUUUCUUCUCUUUGUUACUCUCAGAUCCGCUCCGAAAGUCAAAGUGAGGCUGUUGUUCCGAGAUUUCAGCAUCGUAUUCGCCGAAACCUCAACAACUUCAGAUCCGUUUCUUACUAGAUCCGAAAAACUAGUAUAAUUAUUUUUAUCACUCUGUUCGUAUUCGCUAGGGUUCGUCAGGGGGCAAAAAAAUCGGAAGAUCAGAAGAUGUGUCUGUUUCAAAGUGUGAUGAAUUACUUCCCGGAGGAAGUAUUGGAGCACGUAUUCGAUUUCCUGACGUCGCACCGCGACCGCAAUGCGGUGUCGCUGGUGUGCAAAUCGUGGUACAGCGUCGAGAGAUUCAGCCGUGAGAAGGUGUUCAUCGGCAACUGCUACGCAGUGAAUCCGGAGCGAUUGAUUGCUAGGUUUCCGCGGCUCCGAUCCUUGAGUCUGAAAGGGAAGCCUCAUUUCGCAGAUUUCAAUCUGGUGCCUCAUGAUUGGGGCGGCCACGUGUACCCUUGGAUCGAGGCUAUGGCGAAGAGCGGAAUCAAUCUAGAGGAGCUGAGGUUGAAGAGGAUGGUGGUGUCGGAUGAAAGCCUUGAGCUGCUUGCGAAAUCUUUUCCAAAUUUCAAAUCUUUGGUUUUGGUCAGCUGUGAAGGGUUCACUACCGAUGGCCUUGCUGCCAUUGCAUCCAAUUGCAGGUUUCUUAGGGAGCUCGACCUGCAGGAAAAUGAAGUUGAUGAUCGCAAGGGUCAGUGGCUCAGCUGUUUUCCCGAGAGCUGUACCUCUCUGGUCUCUUUAAAUUUUGCAUGCCUCAAAGGAGAGGUUAAUGUAGCUGCUCUUGAGAGACUGGUUGCGAGAUGUCGUAACCUUAGGAGUCUAAGACUGAACCAUGCAGUGCCUCUGGAGGUUCUUCAGAAGAUUUUGGUGCAAGCUCCUCAGUUGAAUGAUUUGGGUACUGGUUCCUUUACCCAUGAUCCUGACUCGGAGACUUACAUCAAACUGAAAAAUGCUAUGAAGAAUUGUCACUCGAUUAGAAGCUUGUCAGGGUUUCUGGAUGUGAAUGGACGCUGUUUGCCCGCUGUCUACCCAAUCUGCACCAGUUUGACAUCGUUGAACUUGAGUUAUGCGCCUGGGAUCUUCAAUAAUGAACUUAUAAAGCUAAUCUGUCACUGCAAGAAAAUAGAGCGGCUCUGGGUUUUGGAUACCAUUGGAGAUAAGGGACUCAAUGUCGUGGCCUCCACGUGCAAGGAACUACAGGAGUUGAGAGUCUUUCCUUCCGACUUAUAUGGUGUGGGAAAUGCAGCUGUAACUGAAGAAGGGCUAGUUGCUAUAUCAGCUGGAUGCCCAAAGCUGAACUCAAUCUUGUACUUCUGUCAGCAGAUGACCAAUGCUGCCCUCAUAACAGUAGCCAAAAACUGCCCUAAUUUUAUUCGUUUCCGGUUGUGCACCCUUAACCCGGUCGUACCAGAUGCAGCAACCAAUCAACCACUAGAUGAAGGUUUUGGGGCGAUUGUCCAGUCAUGCAAGGGCCUGACGAGGCUAUCAGUCUCGGGUCUUCUGACGGAUCAAGUCUUUCUAUACAUAGGAAUGUAUGCUGAGCAGCUUGAAAUGCUUUCAAUCGCGUUUGCUGGGGAUAGCGACAAGGGGAUGCUCUAUGUACUCAACGGGUGCAAGAAACUGAAGAAGCUUGAGAUCAGAGACAGCCCGUUUGGCAACAUGGCACUUCUAUCGGACAUGGGGAAGUAUGAAACAAUGCGAUCCCUUUGGAUGUCCUCAUGUGAAGUGACCCUCGGAGCAUGCAAGACACUGGCGGAGAAGAUGCCGCGGCUCAAUGUUGAGAUCAUCAAUGAGAAUGAGGCUGGUGACGGUGAGGGUGAGGCCAGCUUCGAUGAUAGGCAUAGAGUUGAGAAGAUGUACUUGUACCGGACGCUUGUCGGGCCUAGGACAGACGCGCCGGAUUUUGUUUGGACGCUGUAGAUGCUGCGGCGGGAGCUCUGCUGCCUGUUCCUCUAUGUAUUAUGUAGCUCUAGGUUGUUAAUUUAGACACCACCUAUUUAUGCAUUUGCUAGUUCCACUGAUGGCUUAUUGUUAUAUAUGGAGGGGGAUUAUUCAAAUUGACUUCAAACUCUGUAUCAUGCUUCUGUUUAUAUCAACUUCUCAACUCAA